AUGGGAGACUUUCGGAGAAGUCGUUUAAGCAGCACGCCAGUUGUUGGCCGUGUGGUGGAAUGGAAGAAGACGCACGGCUGGAUUGAGCCAGAGUGCACCAUCGAUCACCCCGAGAUGGCCAAGCACCAAGGUCACAUAUUCGUGCACGGGGAGGACUUGGUGCCGAAGUGGAGGAACCUGGUGGCCGGCGCCAUGGUGGAGUUUUUCUUGUAUUAUGACGGUCAGGGACUGGGAGCCGAAGAAUGUACAUCGCGAAAAGUGUUACGCGUCACGCUCCCCUGGAAGCAUGCGAAGGAGAUGUUUGGCGAAUCAGGGGAGAAGCUGGCAGACUUUGAGCAGCAAACUCAUGUAACAAUCCGUGCAUAUCAGUGGUGUCAGCCAGAUGGCAACAACAGCGAUCUGCCCUUUCUACUCUUUGAAAUAUGGGGGCGCCCACAAGCUGUUGUCGAAUCCAUCGGAGCGCUAGCAGCGCGACGAGAGCAAGAUGGCAACGCAGCAGAGGACACCCUUUGCGUGAAUCUGCUCCUGCCAGAAAGUCGAAUGUGGAAGGUUGACUUGAUGCAGCUUCAGCACUAUUGCAGUCUGGAGGUGUCCAGUUCAAUCACCAUAACUGACCCGAUGCCAUGCCGGACACUGACCAUCCAGGCACCUCUGCCACACUUUCGAUCGUCGCUCCAUGCCCUCAUCGCGCAGGCAGCCUGUGUGGGCAAUUUAUGGUGA